GGUGACUAGUGCGAAGUGAUCCAGAUUUUGUGCUUCGUAGCGGAAAGUUAAUCGCUCUUAUAGAUAGAUUUGCGUGAGAAUAAGUACGCGUUUUCGCGAUGGAAAUUUAGUGCUAUGCGUCAACGGCGCCGCUGGCGGCUGAAGAAACAUUCUCCGCUUCAGUAAUCUAAUAAUACCAGAACUAAUCGGACGUUACGUUCGGUACUUUGCCACCCACCCGCCAGUGCGAAAUCAGUGAAAAUGUGAAACAGAAAUAGGAUAAAUCAUUUCUACAAGUAAAUAUUGCCCGCGCGCGCGUGUGUGUGUAUGCGAUAAUCACUUUAGAGCAACAAGUGUGCAUUUAUUUGUGUGUCGAUCGGGCGGGGGGAGGCGACCGGCGCCAAUUUAUUUGCCAGGGUUGUUUACGGCGCCGACCACGUGGCAGCCGGUCGAAAAUCAUGACGUCCUCCGGCUAUGUGACCAGUGCGAACGCAUUGAACACGCUCGAUAAACUUCCCAGUUCACCCCUGACCCCACUGCUGUUACCGUCAUCCCCGCCGGGGUUGUUGCUAGACGUGCUGAAUGUCACCUCAUCUACGGUGGCAAUUGCGUCACCCAGCCAAGCGCCGAUUGUGGUAACGCCUGCAGUUAUGGAUGGCACGGAGGCAGCAGAAGAAUUCGUCGUACUGCCAGGGCCAGAGGACGUGUUGCUAUUCAACAGUACCAAUGGUCUCUACCAGCAGUCGGUGACGCUAACCGCCCGGAUGUAUCCGAUUGAGGCCACGGCGGCGAAGUCAAUCUGGGGCUUACCGACGCUGAUCUGGGCUAUCCUGAUCGGGACCAUUGUGAUACUGAUCGUGAUCCUAGCGACACUCUUUUUCUGCUGUUGGCUUCAGCCGCGAACACGAAAACUGCUCGGAUCCACCUAUUACACCGGAAGCAGUGUUUCUCACAAUUCAGUUGUGCCGAAAUCGCAAACCAGUGACUCCAACCAGCUAGUAAUGCCCUUAUCCAUUGGAAUAUGUCCACCACAGUACAGUGCGCCUCCUCCCCCGACCAGCAGUAGCAGCGAAACCAGUCACACGAACUCGCAAGGUUGCCAGGCCUCAUCUAGCGGAAUUCCAUGUCAUCCAGCCGGUGGCGUUAAGGGCGGCUCCAACCCAUCAACAGCCGGACAUCACAGCAAAUACAGCAGCUCACCUCAGUACGCCCAUCAGUACCAUCAACAGCAACAGCAGUUUCAACAUCAUCAUCAAUGCAUCCAUCAUCAACAGCAACAGCAGCAGCGGCAACAACAACAACAGCAACAAUAUCAUGCACAUUAUGCACACCUGCAACAACAGCAACAACAACAGCAACAGUGUAUUCAAUAUCAGCAGCCUCAACAACAAACCUAUCAGCAGUAUUACAAUCAACAACAGCAGCAACAUCAACAGCAGCAGCAACAGCAACAGCAAAUGCAACAUCAGCAUUCACAAAUGACUCAAUAUAUGCAUCCUGCUCAACAGCAAGCCCUUCAACAGCAGCAGCAGCAACAGAGAGAGCAUCAAAUGCAGCAGCAACAGCAUCACUAUCACCAACAGCAUCAUCACCAGCCGAACCAAUUGGUGCAUCACAAAUCCAUGUGGGCCAUUAAUCCACUAUAUGCAUCUAGUGGGGUAAUCAACGAUGGCGGUACCGGUGUCGGAAGAAGUGGCACGGGCGGUGGGAGCGGACGCCACGACAAUGAUGACGAUGCGGUCGGUAGCACCUCGUACCGGACCCGAUCGUUGCCAUCGUGGGGCAAAAACAAACAGCGACCGCUGUCUAAUGCGGACGACUUGGAGGAACUGUAUGCAAAGGUGAAUUUCAGCAAAAAGCGUCGUAACCGGAUGCGUAACGACGAAGCGGCCAUUAUUGCACUCUGCCGGUCGCGUUCUCAAAAUCUUUCCUCACUUCCGAUGGCCGAUCAGGACGCUGUCGUAAUUUACGACGAACGGACGGCACUUUAGACGUUACUCGAAACACGCUACGGUAACAACCGAGUGCAAGCUACGUAGUCAAAGACGAUCUCCAUAAUUCAAUUCAUUAUUAUGUACAUGCGCUGGUAAUUCGCGUUUCACACUAUCGAGUGUGGCAUAAAAUAUCACGCUAGCAAAUCACUGUUCGUUCGUUACUGUUAAGACUUUCCCGCGAAGCGUAAAAUUUUUCCGACCACAAGAAAAUGGCAUACUAAAUAGUCCCAAUUUUUACUACGAUAGUAAAAGAUAGACAAAAAAAAACAUCAGAAAUUUCGAGCGUGAUCGUUAGUCGUUGAACAAUCCCAUCCCCCGAUGUAAAACAAAAACCCAAAAGUAUCACCAUAAAAUCGAGAGAAAGUAGAUGUUGUUAUUUACGAAUUAAAUUGACCUAUUUCGACUACAGUGUAAGAAAAAAAAAAACGUAUGCAAAGACUGAUAGAUUUCCUCUGUGAAGAUCGCAAAACCACACACUAUCAUUAUAAAACAAGAAAGAAAAAACGAAGAAACUAACUUUCCACAUUUAAGCUACCCACGUAGAGAAAUGCGACCGAAAAACGUAAAACAUAACCAACUUUUUACUCUAUAUAAUCUCAAGAGAUAAAACAAAAACACAUUAAAACUUUUUAAUAAACCUGAUACACCAUUAAGAUUGCCACUUAAAGAAGACAAAAACGUUAGACAGGAAAAAAAUCCCCUCAUUUAAGCGAACAGCAAACCGAUAAACACGAGAAUAAAGAACACUCCUUUUCGAUGUUCCUGCAAUAAAUAGUGCAUCUUGCAAAAUUUACCUUUUUAGAGAGCAUGACCAUCCGACUUUAGAAGAUGUUCAACCGCGCAUGCAUAGCUGGAAUAGGAGAAUUCGCCGUCGCAGCUUUUCUUCGGUUCCAUUUGUGUUAGUAGUUAAGUUGUAGUGAUUUGAGGUUUGGGCGUGAAAUCUUCGUAUUUUAAACCGAAAGUAAGCCUAUACGUAUACAUUAUUGAUUGAUUUGUAAGCAGCAGGAGAAGGAGAAGAGAGGAAGACAGGAACCGAAAAGCGGUGUCUACACGGUAGCGAAGUAGACAUUAAAUCUAUUUUGCCGGGCAAAAGCAAUUCAAAGGAAAGGUUUUAUUCGUUGGAAAACUAGCAAUGUUGAACCAGUUGUGUACUAAGUAUGUAUUUGAUUAAAGCAGGAUUAAGGCUCUGAGCGCAUCUUCGUAACAGUUAGGAGCAAUUAGAUAAUGAAGAGAGGGUAGCGUUGUUUGUACAUUUAUUCGAAGAAGAGAACUAGAUGGAUAAUGGCUUAAAAUCCAGAGAAUUGAA